AUGUUGACACUCGACACAAAAUAUCUACCAGCUUCAAUUAUUCGUAGUUCAUUUCAGCAUUGGUUUACUCCAGUAAUGGAUGAAUAUCGUCAAAAUUAUACCAAUACUGCUACUGCUACUGCAACUGCUGCUAUGGCGACGACAACAAAUUACUGGGCAUAUCAAACACAAACACCAACACAACAAACAGCUAAUCAUUACUUUCAACAAUCAAUAAAUCUUCCACAAAGAAUAUGGUCAACGUAUGAUUGUUAUCCAGCGAUAACAACAAAUACCCAACCUAUCCAAUUUACUGCUCACGAACUAAUGGCGGCUACAUUACCUUUACAAAAUUUCAGCUUUGAUCAAACAGAAUCACCUUCUUUACAAGAAAGACAAUCGGAUUCAGAGGAGCUAACUGGGAUUUCUGAUCUUACAUCAUCAACUGCUUACAAAACAUGGUCUAGGUCAUUAGAACACAAAUCCAACAGUUGGAAAAAUUUUGAACAAUUUCACAAUCAUACACCAUCUAUUGAGUCUUUUUUUAAUAUUAGAGAUUCUUCAUAUUCUCAUAUUAAUAAUAAUAACAGUAAUAAUAAUGAUAAUCUCUCGUUUAUACCACCAAUCAAUACUGAUGAUGAAUUCCAUCCUAAUUUCUUAGGCAAAGAGUCAACCAAUGAAAAUUCCGAUGAUUUCGCCUAUGAUAUUGACAAUGAAUCAUAUUCAAAUUGUUCCACACCUUCAUAUAAUAGUAGUAGUACCUUGCAAAAAACACGAUCCCUGUCUUCAUCAAGAUCAAAAAAGCUAGUGUAUCGAUCGAAUCGAAUAAAGCUUAUGCAUAUACGAAAAGGUGGACGAUUUAAAGGUCAAAGUUUACAUGCUUUUCAAAGACAAGCAGCGAAUAUGCGUGAACGUAGACGUAUGCAAUCGAUUAAUAAAGCAUUUGAAGGUUUAAGAUCACAUAUACCAACUCUACCCUACGAAAAACGUCUAUCAAAAGUUGAUACACUUCGUCUGGCAAUAGGUUAUAUACAUUUUCUACAAGAAAUUGUUCAAGCUCAUACAAAAGAUGAAAUGAUUUGGAAAGACAUGGUAACAAAUUCUGAGAUAAAUUCAAACAGCAAUUCCUGUGAUGAUGAUGAAGAGAUUACUGCUGCUGAAGGUGGCGGCGGCAACAACGGUGGUCGUGGUGAAGGAGUUGUUGACGGGAGUGGUGAUCCAAAUUCUGCUAUAGACAAAAGAAAUUAUCCAGCUUCAUCCUCCGUAACAAAAGACUCGUCGUCAUCUACCAAAUACUUGAAACAGAAUCGAAUACCAUCAUCAUCCCACGGUACCUUUACAAUGAAUAAAUUCGGUACAAAUUAUAAUUUGGAUGAAGAAAGAAAAAUUCCUAAAGAAAGAAAGAUUAUUUUGAAUUUACCUAAAAAAUUAUUUGAAUUAAUAAUAACCAGAAAAAAUGAAGAACUUUACAAUAGUAGAAAAUAUUUACAAGAAUCAUCGAAUAACUCAACAGUUUGGAGUGAAGCAUGCCAUUCAAACGAUAACAUUCUUUUUGGUCAUAGUUUAAGUUGGCAUCGUGAUACUCCACCAUGGAGUCGAAAUACAACAUCACAUUCAAAAAAUACAUUGAUUGCUAAAGUAUGGAUCCCUGAAAGACUCGAUUGCAUAAAAGCCAAUUGA